AUGGGCAAGGGCAAAAAUAAGAAGAGUGCUCAGCAGGAAGCAUGCACACAGCUUUUGGCUACGGUUGAGCAUCUUACCCUUGCUGCCAAUGUGCGCAAAACCGAAAAGAAUCAGGCCACAAUGAAAAAAGAUGAGGAGAUUGAUGUCCUAAACCCAGUGGCUCAAUUAAAUGAAUAUGCACAAAAAUUUUAUAAGAAGUAUCCGACUUUCGAGUUUGUCAAAGAACAAGCCGUGGGCAAGCACAGAGAAUUUGUUAUCCAAGCAACAUUUGAAAACAAAACUCUGGAAGGGAGAGGUCCAAGUAAAAUAAUAUCAAAAAGAGCAGCUGCCGAAGCAAUUCUCGAGUCGAUUGGAUUCAUAAAACCAUCGCUAAGCAAGCCCGACACAUCUGAAGCAGCACACCUAUCACCGGAGCAAACGGAUACCAAUGAAAAGAGAACGCUUUCACCGGAUACAAAAGAACUGACGGUCACUUUCAACUCAACGGAGCUAACGGAUAUCAAUGAGAAGCAAAAAGUUCAAAUGGAAAAAGUGCAUGCUUGUCUAUCCGAAUUUGAAAUAAUUGACACUUUAAAUUAA